AUGAGAACGAGACAUUCUCCUCCUCCUGUUCACGUCCACGUAGUGGAAAGCACGCCAGUGCAUGUUCACAUGAGAAGGAGCCCCAGCAGGACCCCGCAAGAGAGAGGCAGAGAUGCUCAGACGAGAGGGGAUCGUGGGAGAUCCACAGCACGAGCCCCUUGGAUCCCUCCUGGUAUCUCGUCCUGCAGACGAGAUCAGAAAACCCGAGUGCAGUCAGAGAAUGUCCGGCGGGAAAGUGACAACCAGGACGAUGACACCGCAACGCUGAGGAAGAACCUGAGUCUUCUACUCAAAGAGCAAGAAAACAGACAGUGUUCAAAUAAACCAUUAACACCAGACUAUUACAAUACUAGAACGUCCUCAGAGACGGAGCUCUUGCUGCGGUCACUGGUGGAGGCGGAGGUGGAUAGUGUGGCAGUGGCCAACCAACUGACCUCCUUCAAAGAAACCCUGGACAGUCUGGCUAAGGACAAGCGUCCGUCCAAGCUUCAGGCGUCUGCACUCACAAGGCAGCGGCAUCUAUUGGUGGAGAAGAUGGAGAUCUUUGACAACACCAACCACAGCCUCAGGGACCUCCUCAGAGACUGGAGUCAUCAGCAGAGGGAAGCAGAUAAACACGCUGAGGAAAAUGAAGCAAUCAAGAUGAGGCUGGCUGAUGUUGAGGCUGAGAACAUUAGACUUGUGUCUGAAUUGUCCGACAAAGAGAAAGAAGCCUCCCAGCUCGCACAGUCUUUGGACUUUGAGAAGGACCACGCUAAGACCACGGACGAGCUGUCCAGGAUCCUGGCAUCCACUCGAGACCAUUUGGAGUCUCAGCUCAGUCGAGUACAAGCGGAAAAAGUCACAAUGGCCGCUCAGCUGCAGCGCUUGCAGCAAGCCUAUGAGAAGCGGCGGGAAAACGACGACGAGGCAGCCUUGGCGUUACUUACUCAGCAUGCCGAGCGGGCUGAGGAGGCAUCCAGGCAGAUGGGAGCCAAGCUGCAGGAGAAGGAGUCCCAGCUGUCCCAGGCGUUGUCAACAUGUAGCGAACUGCGUCUGCGCAUCUCCAAGGAAGCCACGGCCAGAAGUCAGCUUGAGGACAACAUCGCAGCGCUUAAAUUACAGGUUGGCGAGUGGAACGCUCAACAUCAUGUGGCGGAAGAACGAAGUCGAGCUGAGAGGGAGGAGCUCCGAGACCAGCUCCACCGUUUGAGUGCUCAGAACACUGCUGUGGAACUGGACAAGCAGUCUCUGCAUGCUCAGGUGACGUCCAGUGAGGAGAAGCUGCGAGUUGUUCAGGAGGAAAUGCGGCAGCUCAGGACGUCGUACAAAAAACAGGAAGCCAUGGUGGAUAAAUACAAGAGGAAGGCUCAGCAGGCAGAACUCCAGUGUGAGGAGCAGCGUCUGAAGCUGAAUGAGUCCCAGCUGGAGGUCCGAGAGACUGUGGCAGCGAGGGAACGGGAACAGGAGCAUCUUAGGAAGGAGCUGGUGCGUCUCCGCCAGUUGGAGACACUUCCUGAGCGCCUGCGCAGGAGCGAGCAGCAGCUGGCGCAGGUGCAGCAGGAAGCUGAUGCCCACCAGAGAAGGAAUCUGGAACAUCAUGCUGCCCUAGCUGAAGUUAGACACAAGGUGGAACAACAAGGCUCUCAGCUCGAGGCAUCCCAGCGUAGGAACAUGCUGCUACAGGAGGAGAAUAAUGUCCUCAAAGAGAAAAUACACAACCUGGAAAGAAAGCUGGAGUCCAUGCAAGUGGAGAACAAGGAGAUGUGCUCAGCACUCACUCUGAAGGAGGUCAGCGUGCUCAGCGCCGAGCAGCAGCUGGACCAGAAGAGCCGCGAGAACGCCGUACUGGCCCAGCAGCUGCAGCAAACCCUAGACGAUGCUCAGCGGCAGGCACGACACAGCGUAGAGAGAGUCCUGGACAAAGAGCGCAGGUCACAGUCCAAAGCGCUGGACUUGCAGGAACAGCUGAGCCGGGCUGAGUCUCAGCUCUGUCAGCUGCAACGCAGUAAGGACGAGAUGGAGCGGCGCUUCCAGAACCAACUGAAAAACCUGAAGGAGCGUCUAGAUCAGUCGGACCAGACCAACCGCAGCCUGCAGAAUUAUGUCCGCUUUCUCAAGACCUCAUACGGGAAUGUCUUUAGCGAACCUUUGAUUCCCAACUAA